AUGAUGCAAAAAGGGAAGCUCGAGCCUACAAGACGAGGAAACAUCAGGCAUCAAAACCCUACAACCACCAGAGCAUUAGCGCCGCGCCGCGCCGCGCAGCAGUUACUGCCGCACCCGACCCUGUGCUCCGCCGUGUUGCCCCGCUCCCAUUGGCCGCCAUGGGCUCCUGCCUCUCCACCCAGCCCGGCGACGAGCCGGCGUGGCCGCUGCGGUGGCGCAAGAGGCCCCGGGGCGAGCAUGAGGGCGCGGCCGCCGGCGGCGCCUUCUUCUCCGGCGGCGGAGGCGGCAAGAAGCUCCCCGGCGAGGGGGAGAUGACCGAGGAGGAGCUCGCGCGGGUUGCCGGGAGGACGUGCGCCAACGGAGCGAGCGCCGCGGCGUGCCUCCACACGCAGCAGGGGCGGAAGGGCACCAACCAGGACGCCAUGGUCGUUUGGGAGAAUUUCAAUUCAAGUGAUAGUAUCUUCUGUGGCGUGUUUGAUGGCCAUGGUCCAUAUGGUCAUUUUGUCGCCAAAAAAGUUAGAGAUUCUCUUCCUGUUAAGUUACUCGCACAAUGGAAAACUAGUGCUAAUGGGGGCACUAGUCCUCAUCUAAACGGAAGCAUUUCCGGAAGUUUGAACUCCGAAGAAACAACAUCCGCUGUUGAUGAUGACUGGGGUGAGUCUGCUGAUGUUGAAGGGAGUGAUACACUUCCUGAGACAUUCCUUCCACUUAAACAGUCUUAUUUGAAGGCUUUCAAAUUGAUGGACAAGGAGCUCAAGAUGCAUCCUACGAUCGAUUGCUUUUGCAGUGGUAGUACGGCAGUCACAUUGGUAAAACAGGGAUGGGAUCUUGUAGUUGGAAAUCUUGGGGACUCGAGAGCAGUAAUGGCGACACGGGAUGCCGCCAACAAUCUAACAGCUGUACAACUCACUGUUGAUUUGAAGCCUAACCUUCCUAAGGAAGCUGAGAGGAUCCAGCAAUGCAGAGGAAGGGUUUUUGCUCUUCAAGAUGAGCCAGAAGUUUCAAGGGUAUGGUUGCCGAAUAAUGAUUCUCCUGGAUUGGCAAUGGCAAGAGCUUUUGGAGACUUCUGCCUUAAAGAUUAUGGCUUAAUAUCUGUUCCACAGAUAUCAUAUCGCCGUCUUACUGAAAAGGAUGAGUUUAUAAUACUAGCCACUGAUGGGGUUUGGGACGUUCUUUCAAACAAGGAAGCUAUUGAUAUUGUAGCUGCAGCUCCAUCUCGAGCAACUGCUUCCAGGGCUCUCGUUGAUUGUGCUGUCAGAUCUUGGAGAUUGAAGUUCCCAACAUCCAAGAGUGAUGACUGCGCUGCUGUGUGCCUGUUCUUAGACCAUGAGAAGUCACCUAACUUGGUUGAAGAGAGUGAAGCCAAGAAUGAAAAAGCAGAACCUGCCAAGGAUGCUUUGAUCUCAGAUUCUGGCCAUAAAAUCAAUGAAGACGUUGCAGAUGUAAAUGAACACAUCUCCAGGGAAGAGCAUAUCCCUGAGCCCACAUUGGAACACUCAUCGACGCUAAGAAAUGUCGAUGAGAUUAUGCCGGUGGACGAACCUCCUGUAUCAAAGGAACCUGAAAGGUGCGGGUCUGCCCGCAGCCUGGCUGACUGCAUAUCCACAAACGAGGAGGAGGAAUGGUCUGCGCUCGAAGGCGUGACACGGGUAAAUUCCCUCUUGAACCUUCCAAGAAAACUCUCAGGUGACAAGAAAUCCACCAGCUGGAAGAAGCGGCGUUGAGCGAACAUUAAGAGAAAAAAAACCAUCUGCUCUGAUGAAAGUCAGGCCGGGUGCUCGCAGAGGCGCAUCACAGCCGAUACUGGCAUUUUUCAGCCAAGCGCGUGCAAAAUUCUUCGGCUGAUUUUUAGGGCCCUGCCUUAGAUUGUUUCAGGCUGGCUGGCAGGUGUGUACAUUCAAGAAGAUUGUUUUUUCUUCUUCCUUGUGGUAUUUGUCGGGAGGCGUUCCAUGCUUGGGCUUCUUUACUUGUAUGUGCAUAUGAAAGUUUUUGUUCUGUGAGAAGCUUUUCUGUAAAUCAUGUAAGGCCUCCUCUCUAAUGUUGGGAUGUUCGGCUGUAGUUGUACUAGAACAAUAACUCAAUUCUCUGUGUAGUAGACCAUAUGAAUUUUCGCCUCAAGAGUGCAAGCUUCUUUAA